AAGCAGGCUCUGGGGGGGGGGCUCGUGGAACUUGGAGCGUUGGAGUGUUUUUUUUUGAUUCAGAUGUUUGUCCCCCCUUUGAGGCGCGUUCGAGUUUUUUUUUUAUCUAUCGUGUCUUGGCGUUGGAAUAGAAGCGUUUUUACUCGACCUUCUUUGCCUCCUGUAGGUUUCUAACAACUACUUAUCUAUCAACAAAUACGUAGAAAAAGAUGAGCAAGACCUCCCCAAACCCCGCCCGGCGUCGCAGUUCUUCUCAUAAUUUCAAGAAGAAGAUUACUGGUUCGUCGGAAGUGCGGCGGAAACCGUCGCGGAACAAGAGCGCGCGGAACAAGGGACUGACGAUACCAUCGGCGCGCGGCAGUAGAAGUGGAACAAGCGAUGCGAUCUCAACUUCUGCGCGGGCAAACACAAAAAUAAAACCCGCGAUGAUUGGUUCCCCCCGCCCGGGGACUGUGGUCAGUAGGAGCAAGUCGUUUUAUUGCUGGAUGCUGCUGUGCAACUGCAUUUCCUCCGUUUUCCAGUUCUGUUACUACACGAAGUUGCUCUUCAACAACUCCACGUCAGUGACAACGAAUGCGAACGAGCUGAUCUUUUGCGAACUGGUGCUGGCGAUGUUCAAAAUGUCAGUGGAACUUUACUACAAGGACUGGCGGUUAGAUCGCUGGGAUUUACACAUCCACCACUUUCUUUCGUUCCUGGCCACGGCGCUGUGUCUGGAAUGGAUCGAAUGGAAAUCCUUCCCCGCGAAGAAAUACAGCGAAUUGGUGGUCCACGGGUUGAGUAUCCACUUCGCUUUAGUUUUCACGUCCGUGAAGCGAAUUUUCACGGUCACGGGGGUUUCCGCGCCGGGAAUUUUGAAUAAGGUCGACACCGUGGACGAGUGGCUGAAGCGAAACUUCUCGUUGGAGGUGAGAAAAUAUCAAGUGCAAAAAUGUCUGGGUCUGGAAGAGUGCAUGUCUGUCAUGCUUGUCUAGCAUGACCCUUAAAUCUGUCAUGCACGUUACCAAAGAGCUUCAUUUUUCUGUGAUGCAGAAACGCAGUUUGUCAUGCAGAAUAGGCAACACAUAGAAGCUCAGAAACUUGUCAUGCUGCGCCAGCAUUUGUGGCCUCAUUAUGAGACGCCACCCAGCAUCACAAGUUUCCAGACCCAGACAUUUUUACACUUGAUAGAAAACUGCUCGAUUCGAUUUCGCAGCAGGUGUUGCUCCUCGUUUGGCUACCGGUUGUCGGGUUCAGAUCUCUCGGGAUUCUCUACUACGGGCUCUUCAAGUACGAGAACUCGCUCGUCGUACUGGUGUUCGGCGUGCUGUUUCUCAUGCUAGAUUUGAACUGGACAAGGUGGGACCUGUACAGGGAGGCGGCGGCGGGAAUCGUGGCGAGGCUGGGUAGUUACAGGAGGAAAAAGGCGUAAAGGUAACCUAGAUCUACUACUAGAUCGCGAUAACCAUACCGCACGGUAGAAGGGAAGGGAAGCUGCACCUGAAGAUGAAAACGAUGUUUCAGAGAACAAAGGACUGUCGGGCUAUAUUGCUUGAUGUCAACCACAAUGUGAAGAAGUACAGCAGAAAAUGGUACUAUUACACAUCAAACUCCCACGAGGACAAGCUCAUGCGACGGGACGAGCACCCUACGCGUACUAG